UUGUUGAUUAUAUGGAAUGAUGAGAUGAGGUUGAAAUCAGGACGAAUAUUUUAUUUAUUUCUAUUUUUUUGCUUCAUUUUUCCUACAAGGUUUGUUGGUUAUUUUCUACACAUUUUUUUUAGAAACAAAAAUGUUUUUUCAGUCAAUCAUACGAUGUAAGAUUAGUUAGUACAUCGUGGGGAAUGGUGAAAGGUGAAGUGGUUACACCGGAAGGUGACGAUGAUCUACCACCAGUUGCACAGUAUUUAGGAAUUCCGUAUGGAGUUCCACCAACGGGUCAGGUGAGUAAAGAUAUAUCCAUAUCUAUAUAACUUUUGUAUAUUAACCAUUUUUGGAAUUCUGAUUGUAUCUGUUGUUCUACCACAUUUUCAGACAAAUCUGAAAUUCCUAUGUAUUAUAUUUUCCAGAAUCGUUUUAAUUUUGCCAUUUCUGCUGCAAAAUGGACUCAUAUGACAAAAGAAGCCAGAAAUCAACCAAACGUUUGUAUGCAAACCAAUUUGCCAGAACUUAGUGAAACAAAGUGAGUCUCUUCUCAAUACAAAUUCCUCCUCCUUACCACUAUUUUUCAGAGCUUUUCAACAAACCUCAGCUCAACGAUUUGAUUUUACUCAUCGAAUAUUGCCAUUACUGAAACAGCAAUCAGAAGAUUGUUUAUAUAUGAAUAUCUUUGUGCCGGAGAGAUUGGAAAGUUCACAGCGAGACAAUCUUCUUCCAGUUAUGUUUGUUAUUCACGGUGAUGAAUAUGGUUGGGGUUCUGGAAAUGCUAUAAAUGGUUCGACACUUGCUGCAUAUGGUCAUAUUAUUGUUGUUACGUUGAAUUAUCGAUUAGGGGUUUAUGGUAUGUUGAAUGAGCGGUUCUUUGAGAAAUUUCAAGCUCUGAAACUAACAAACACUAUAAUUCUCUUUAUUUUCAGGAUUCAUGGGUCGAUGUGAAUCAUCAACAUCUUGUGCCGGUAAUAGUGGAAUUUCUGAUCUUGUCUCAGCUCUUACAAUGCUCAAUGUCAUUUUACCAUCAUUUGGAGGUGAUAACAAAGCAGUAACACUCACAGGAUGGGGUUCUGGCGCAUCUUUAGUUUCUCUAUUGAUGGCUUCUCCAUUCAGUCAACCUGUGAAACGACUGUUCAAAAGGGCUAUUAUGCUCGAUGGAAGUUCAUUGUCACCUUGGGCAUUCCAGAAAAAUCCGCAACAAUAUUUUAUGCAACUUGCUCAAGAGCUUGGGGUUAGUCUAACUUUUCUUUGAUCAUUUGAACUUCUUCUGGAAUAACUUCUAAAAAAUAAUUUUUCAGUGUGCACCAUCAAUUUUAACAUCAGCUUUCAAUGAAAAUACUGACACAGUAAUUCGUUGUAUGCAAGUUCAUUCCGCUGAUAACAUCACAAAAGCUCUCGGAAAAAUCGAUGUUCCAACAUUCCUAUCUGGUUUUGCUCCAAUCGUUGAUGGUCUUAUGGUACCAAAUAGACCGGAAAGUAUGCUCUCAGCUCAAUACGGAAGUCUAUUCCGUGAAAUUGAUUUGCUAGUUGGAAUCAGUUCAAAUCCAGCACAUUAUAUGAUUUCAAACGAAGAUUUGAAAAUUGGUCUCUCCAAGGAGAAACGCGAGAAAAUUUUCCGAUCAUUGGUCAGAAAUUUGUACGAUUAUCACAGAGAGGAAAUUUUAGCCGCGAUCAUUAAUGAAUAUACCGAUUGGCAAAAUCCUAUGGUAAUUUUUUAUAUAAAAUCUUACGAACCCUCUUCAAAAUGGUCAAACUUUCAGGAUCACCCGAAAUCAAUUCGAAACGGUGUUUUGAAUGCAUUAAGUGAUGUACUUUUUACCGCACCUCUGAUUGAAACAUUACGUUUGCAUAGUACAGAUGAUGUUCGAAAAGAGGCCAGUACAUUUAUGUAAGUGCAAACCAAAACAUGUUUGAUUUAAACAAAAAAAAAUAUUCUUUGAUCAUUAUAGGUUUGCUUUUGAUCACGAGACAAAAGCAUGGAUGGAUGAACAACCAAAUAAUGGGAUAAGAGGAUCACUUUCUGGUGAUAUUGUUCCUUAUAUCUUUGGGUAUCCGUUAAUUCAAGGAGAUAGCGAAAAUCGGGUAUAUUUAUUCUUGCUAGGGUUUGAUUUAUGAAAAAAACAUCCAAAUGUUUUCAGCUAUACUCUGGAUUCAACUCUGAUGACAAGGGCAUUUCAAAAGUUAUGAUGCAUUAUAUUUCGAAUUUUGUAAAGUCUGGAGAUCCACUGAAACCUCAACCAUUAGCAAAGAAUUUUCCAAUGGGAGAUGCUUUUUAUUCUUCAGCUUGGCCUCAAUUUGAUCAACCUAGCAGAGAAUCGUAUCUUGAAAUCAGUAAGAUUAUUGUUUGCCCUAAUUGUUUUUAACUUACAUAAGUUUUAGCUGAUCGUCCUCGGCUGAAGCAUUACUAUCGAAAUGCUCAAGUUGGAUUCUGGAACAGCUUCGUUCCUCAACUCCACAAAAAAGGCAAAGAAUCUGGACCUCUUGGAGAAGAACAUCAUCUUCUCACAGACCAUUUCAAAAAAGACACAUACUUUGGCAAAGUUCGAUCAUUCUCAUCAUACGCAAAUAUGCCAUUUCCACCGCCACCAAUGCCACCCCCACCGCCAGAAACUACUGCAAAACCAAAAACUAGUGAGUUCAAAAGUCCUAAUGGUAUCAGAACAUUGAUUGAUUUCAGCCAAAUCUACGCCAACUGCUACAACAUCACCAGAAAAUGAGAAAGUUGCAUCUGGAGGUUAUAAUGGAAGUGCGUUAGCUGUUACAAUUUUAGUUGGGUGUGCGCUUCUGGUUUUGAAUCUUUGUCUCCUAUUAGCUGUGCACAGAGCGGUGAGUUCUAAAGUCAUAAAAACUAUAUGAUAUUUCCGUCAUAAAAUUUAUUGAUUCACACAAAAACCACCAAACUUUUUCAGUGUUUGAAAAGACGAAGGAACGAGAAGAAAUUCCAACUUCAGUAUCAAACCUAUAACUCAAAUCAUGGAGGAGGUGGUCCUGAACAAUACAAUAGCCUCAACUCGCCGGUUGGUUUUUUUUUUACUUUUCGAUUUUUCCUGAUUGCGCUUUGCCCAUUGCCCAUAUUAACCUGCCUCCCACUUCUCCUCCAUAACCUGAAAAAGGCAUGGCAUGGCUUCCAAAAAAUUCCCCCGGUUCCUAGUUUCAAUUAAUACAAUAACCCACCCCUCGCAGCUCUCCCUAAUGCCUCCUCCGCCUCCACCAUUGACAUCUUCACUUGGCGGACCUCCGGAUAUUUUUGAUCAUCCCCACCAUCGACAUUUAUCGAAUGGUUCAAUUCUGCAUUGUGGUACACCAACUAUUCCAAGACGAUCAUUUCAGGAACAGGCACGUGUAUAAACCUUUUACAUUUUAUUUUGAUUUGAUUUUCUAUACUACCGCUAUACUUUUCAACUUGCUCUAUCAGUUUUGAUUUUCUUAUGUUUCUUUUCCGGUUGCUCUUCAAAGAAAUACCUUAAAAGCAUGAGUUUUUGUUUUUUUUUCUUUCGAAAAUUUAUAUAUUGUGUGUUAUUCAGGAACCGUUAUUAGCAGCUUCACAUAAAAGUUCAACGUCUAUGAGGCCUCCAGCAAUAUCUCCAACUUGUCCAAGACAUGGAAGAGCAGCAUUAGCUCUACAGAAUGCAAGGUUUGAUAUUUUCCCGAUAUUUUUUAUUCCAAAAACCAAAUAAAAUAUAUUUCAGAGGCAACAGUUUAUCAGCUGCUCAAGCUCCAACAUUAGAAGAAAUACAGGUCUAA